ACAAUAAUUCAAGGGAAGAUACAAGAAGCAGUUAGGGUGGUUGCGAGGCGCUCAUACUGACGGUACUCCGGUUUUUAGCUGGAUGGAUGGACUUCUGCCUAGAUGGCGGUAAUGCGCCUUAAACGCUAGUUGCUCUAAGCCAUUAAACACACAGAAGAAGAAAAAGAAGCACGACAACAGUCAGCCUGGCAGCACCGUGGGCAGCACCGUGGGCAGCACCGCUUCCAGCGUCGCACCAAGCGGGAGGAGUGAGAAACGGCCACGCUAACAUCGCUUUUCACCGCCCCGAUGAAAAUGUCCACGAUUCAAACGCUGAGAGCUUUUGUUAACCAGCGACUGACUGCGGCUGUAGAAGAGAUCUUCGGGAUGCUGGAAACCACCAUAGCAAACUACGAAGGAGUGAUAGAUCACCAGCGCAGGCUGCUGGAGGAUGUUGUCAAGCCUGACGUUCACACAAACACAGCAGAUGUCCAAAAACUGAUCGUUAGUAAAGAAGACCAGCAAGACUGGAGCACCGGUCUGGACCAGGAGGACACAGAACUCCCACGCAUUAAAGAGGAACAAGAGGAACCCUGGAGGAGUCAUGAGGGAGAGCAGAUUCAAAGACUGGAGGACAAUGAUCUCACAAAGUGUCCAAUCACUGCUAACUCUGUGAAGAGUGAAGAUGAUGAAGAGCAAACUCAGUCCUCACAGCUUCUUCUUAAACAGUCUGAGGAGAACACAGGGGUGGAGCCUUCAUCUAGCAGCUCAGCUGAACAGAGGCAAAUAGAGACUGACAGCAGUCAUCCGCUGCAAUCUUUAUAUUAUUGUGAAUCAGAGACUGAGGAUAGUAAUGAUGUGUGGAAAGAGACAAGAGAACAAGAGUCAUGUUCAGACACACUGAAAACUGAUAAAUCUAUAAAAUUUAAGAAAUCCUACACCCGUGAGAGGCCAUUCAGUUGCACAGUUUGUGAUAAAAGAUUUGGCUGCAAAGGAAAUCUGCGUGCCCACAUGAGAAGCCACACGGGGGAAAAGCCUUUCACAUGCACAGUUUGUAACAAAUGCUUUAGUGCAAAGGUCAAUAUGAAGACUCAUAUGAGAAGUCAUACUGGGGAGAAACCAUUCAGCUGCUCAAUGUGUACCAAAAGUUUUAGUCAGAAGAAAACAUUAGUUAUACACUUGAGAAUUCAUACAGGGGAGAAACCAUUUAGAUGCUCAUUCUGUGGAAAAUGUUUCAGUGACAAUGGAACUCUGAAGAGACACAUUCGAGUGCAUACAGGAGAGAAACCAUACAGUUGUAGUGUUUGUGGAAGGAAUUUUAGUUUAUUGUCACAUGUUAAGAGCCAUAAGUGUGCUGGUGUGAGCGGCAACAAGUGAAGAUGCAUUAUUAUACAACCCAAGGUUGUCCAGUGAAAUGUUACUUGUCGUCUUUCAUUGUUACUCACAAAUAAAAUGAUACUGUUAUUAGUGGUGGAGUGUGUUGGAAGAAUUGAGUAAUGUCAUAGUCUGAAGUAAGAAACUGUCUGGGGGCACAUCAUCAGAUACUUGCUGAGGUUGAGAAGGGAUCUCACAGGUUACACCAUAAUGUU